CCACAAUUACUUACUCAGACAUUGAUGAAUUUGUGUAUAACUCUUUGAUUUCCUUGGAAAAUACUAAUAACUUUUAUGAAAAUGAUAAUGUCAAAUUGGUGAUUAGUUUUGAUGUUGAGUUGUUCUUUCUUAUUACUACAAUAUUAGAUAAGGAUAAAGAAAAUUUUAAUAAUAAUGAAAAACUUUACCUUGAAGUUGCUCGUCGUAUAGCAAAAUUUAUUGAAAAUGGAGAUGGUUAUAGGUGGAUUUAUAAAGACAAGAAUCAAAAAAAAAAAUUCAUUAAUGAAGUUCAUAGAGAUACUCCUAUACAAAUUGAACGGUAUAAUUGUGAAGACGUUAUUAAAAUUGAAAUUCUGGAAUCUUUAAACAUUAUCAAAAUUGAAUACUUUCAUUUAAUGCUACAUCCACGUCUAAUUCAUGUAGAAACGACUUUGGAAAUUCGUGAAUUUAUCAGAAAUAAUAUUAAUUAUUUGGUUUCAGAAUUACAUCGACAAAUUAGAGAAAAACAACUCAAAGGAUAUGAAAAUCUUACAGUUCAACAAACAUAUUUUUGGUGGUCAAAAGAAUCCCAAAAAAUGUACUAUUGCAAUUCUAAUCCUUUUAUAUCAACAAAACUUUUAUUGAAUAAAUAUAAUCAGGAAAUUAUUAUUGAUAUAACUACUCCAACACCAGCUCUUGGAUUUCUUACUGUACUUUUUUAUCAGCUUCCGCGUAAUAAUUUUGAUGCAAUUCAAAUAGACGCAACUUAUGGUACUAACAAAAUGGAAUGGGAAUUAUAUGUGAUUAUGGGCGUGACCGAUGGAACUGGUUUUCCUAUAAGCUAUCUGUUAAUUGCUGCAAAAAAAAGCAGGGAUAUUAUAACAAUUUUAAUUCAAUGGAUGAGUGAAUUAAAAGAUAGGCAAUUG